GGGACGCGGGUGUGAUCGAGCUCACGUAGCGAGGGUUGCUGUCGCCUCCUCCCUGGCGCUGCCGUCGCGGCCUUGGAGGUUAUAAAAGGGCUAACUGGCUCCCUCUGCUGCCCAGUCGCUCCGCCAGCGGGCUGAGGGCAGGAGUGGGUGGCGGGCCAGAUCGCAGGCGACAGGAGCUGAAGCGCGCGCCGCCCUCGCCUUCCACUUUCCAGGUAUAUGCCUGUAAAAUUAAAUCUUCAAGAUGAUAUGGUGUAUUUUAAUCGUAGGGAUACUACUUCCCCAGUCUUUGGCCCAUCCAGGCUUUUUUACUUCAAUUGGUCAGAUGACUGAUUUGAUCCAUACUGAGAAAGAUCUGGUGACUUCUCUGAAAGAUUAUAUUAAGGCGGAAGAGAACAAGUUAGAACAAAUAAAAAAAUGGGCAGAAAAGUUAGAUCGGCUAACCAGCACAGCAACAAAAGAUCCAGAAGGGUUUGUUGGGCAUCCUGUGAAUGCAUUCAAAUUAAUGAAACGUUUGAACACUGAGUGGAGCGAGUUGGAGAAUCUGAUUCUUAAGGAUAUGUCAGAUGGCUUUAUCUCAAAUCUAACCAUUCAGAGACAGUACUUCCCUAAUGAUGAAGAUCAGGUUGGGGCAGCCAAAGCGUUAUUGCGUCUCCAGGACACCUACAAUCUGGAUACAGAUACCAUCUCAAAGGGUAAUCUUCCAGGAGUAAAACUGAAAUCCUUUCUAACAGCUGAAGACUGCUUUGAGUUAGGCAAAGUGGCCUACACGGAAGCAGAUUACUACCACACAGAACUGUGGAUGGAACAAGCACUAAGGCAGCUGGAUGAAGGCGAAGUUUCUACCAUAGAUAAAGUCUCUGUUCUAGAUUAUUUGAGCUAUGCAGUGUACCAGCAGGGAGACCUGGAUAAGGCACUUUUGCUCACAAAGAAGCUUCUUGAACUAGAUCCUGAACAUCAGAGAGCUAAUGGUAACUUAAAAUAUUUUGAGUAUAUAAUGGCUAACGAAAAAGAUGCCAAUAAGUCUGCUUCAGAUGACCAGUCUGAUCAGAAAACCACACCGAAGAAAAAAGGGAUGGCUGUGGAUUACCUGCCAGAGAGACAGAAGUAUGAAAUGCUGUGCCGUGGGGAGGGUAUCAAAAUGACUCCUCGGAGACAAAAGAAACUGUUUUGCCGCUACCAUGAUGGAAAUCGAAAUCCUAAAUUUAUUCUGGCUCCAGCCAAACAAGAAGAUGAGUGGGACAAACCUCGUAUUAUUCGCUUCCACGAUAUUAUUUCUGAUGCAGAAAUUGAAAUUGUUAAAGAUCUAGCAAAACCAAGGCUGAGCCGAGCUACAGUACAUGACCCUGAGACUGGAAAAUUGACCACAGCACAGUACAGAGUAUCUAAGAGUGCUUGGCUCUCUGGCUAUGAAAAUCCUGUGGUAUCUCGAAUUAAUAUGAGAAUACAAGAUCUAACAGGACUAGAUGUUUCCACAGCAGAGGAACUACAGGUAGCAAAUUAUGGAGUUGGAGGACAAUAUGAACCCCAUUUUGACUUUGCACGGAAAGAUGAGCCAGAUGCUUUCAGAGAGCUUGGGACAGGAAAUAGAAUUGCUACAUGGCUAUUUUACAUGAGUGAUGUGUCUGCAGGAGGAGCUACUGUUUUUCCUGAAGUAGGAGCUAGUGUUUGGCCCAAAAAAGGAACUGCUGUUUUCUGGUAUAAUCUGUUUGCCAGUGGAGAAGGAGAUUAUAGCACACGGCAUGCAGCCUGUCCAGUACUAGUUGGAAACAAAUGGGUAUCCAAUAAAUGGCUUCAUGAACGUGGACAAGAAUUUCGAAGACCAUGCACCUUGUCAGAAUUGGAAUGACAAACAAGCUUCCCUUCCUCUCCUGUUGUACUCUAAUGUGUCCGACACACACAGUUCCUAGUCUUAACUUUGAAGAGUUUACAAUCGACUAACACUCCAUAAUUGAUUGAGUCAUGAACCUCAUCCCAUGUUUCAUCUAUGGACAAUCACUUCAUUGGUUUUUUUCUUUUAAAAGUAACACUAAGUCAUCACAUUGUAUAAAACCUUAAAGUUUAGUUGAUAUCAGGCAGAGGUUAAAAAAUGAAGAAUUUUAAUUUUUCUGGUUGUUGUGGGGAUUGAAUUUAAGACCUCAUGCUUGCUAGGCAAGUGGUCCACUGCUUGAGCUAUUCCACCAGCCUAGAGAUUUAAAAAAAAAAAACAAAACACCUUUUUGUUGGUUAAAAAAUAGACUUCAAGCAUCAAAUCUUAGUAUUUAACUACAUCUUAGUAGGUUGUAGACCAGAAUGGACUGUGUGAUUAGGAAACAGAUAACCUCAUGUUGGUUUAUUUUCUGGAUCUGCCUAAACACUAGUAAGAAGUUAGAACUCUAAUCUGGGUUCUACGUGAUGUUUGACCCUCCAAACAUUCUCUUAAUUUUUUUUCUCCCAAGUCCUAUUAAAGAAGUAUAUUUUGCCAAGCCCCUUUUCUCAUAGCUUCUCUGUGGUGAGUUAAAAUACUUCAAUUAAAAAUACUUUUAACAGAAAGUCCUGCAUAGCAGCACUGGAUCUUCUUAACUAAAAUGCUCAUUUAGGUUAUUUCUCCUUUUUCUUAAAUGACUGAUUUUUUUUUUUUUUUUGUCCAGAAGCUUUGUGUGUGUGCGCCAAUAACUUCUUAUUCCUGCUACAGCAGGGUGGUGAUAUUGGCCUUCUAAUUAAACAUUGUGCCUUAGGAGACUGGAAGUUUGAUGAUGUACAGGUCCUUUCAAUGAUGAGGGAAUUGAUUUUUUUAAAAAAUGUUUUUCUUAAAAAGCCAAAAUGUUUUUUUUUUUUUAAUUCUGAAAUGUGUGUGACAAC